AGUUUCUUGCUGGCAGGAGGAAACUGAUCGUGGCAUAACAGAGAUGUAGUGUAGAGCUCGCUGGGACUCCGCGGCCAGUCGUCUGUCACUUCCACCGGGGACCAUUAGUCCGACAUUACCGAGGCAUGGGAAGGACCGUAUCCAUUGUUGUGCACGGUUAACGUUACACUGCAUGGACUCGUUGCGUAAUGCGACCGAGAGGAGCUGCCAUCGCGGGGAGACGUCUGUGGUUCGGGACGGUGUUGUCGGAGUAGCUAGUUGCUAGCGCCGGGCUAGCGGCUGUGCGGACUACUUCGUACCGUAUUUGUAAGGAUGCUCCGGUGGAUACGACAACAGCUGGGCUUUGACCCCCCUCAUCAGAGUGACACCAGGACGGUUUAUGUGGCAAAUCGUUUCCCCCAGCAUGGCCACUACGUACCGCAACGCUUUGCUGACAACAGAAUCAUCUCUUCUAAGUACACAAUUUGGAAUUUUGUCCCAAAGAAUCUGUUUGAGCAGUUCAGAAGGAUUGCCAACUUCUAUUUCCUCAUCAUUUUCCUUGUACAGUUAAUGAUAGACACCCCAACUUCCCCAGUCACCAGUGGCCUGCCUCUCUUCUUUGUGAUCACAGUAACUGCCAUAAAACAGGGCUACGAGGAUUGGCUAAGACACAAAGCAGACAACGAGGUGAACGGGGCUCCAGUUUUUGUGGUUCGCAGUGGAAGUCUCGUACAGACAAGAUCCAAGAACAUCAGGGUGGGGGACAUCGUUCGUGUGGCUAAAGAUGAAACGUUCCCAGCAGACCUGGCGUUGCUGUCAUCAGAUCGUGCAGAUGGCACCUGUCACAUCACCACAGCCAGCCUUGAUGGAGAAACCAACCUUAAGACUCACUUCUCUGUGGCGGAGACAGCAGUGUGUCAGUUGGUGUCCCAGCUGGAGGCUCUGCAGGCUGUGGUGGAGUGUCAACAACCGGAAGCCGACCUGUACAGGUUUGUCGGUCGGAUUACGGUGACUCAACAAGGAGAGGAGAUAGUCAGGCCGCUGGGUCCAGAGAGCUUGCUGCUGAGAGGAGCCAGGUUGAAAAAUACCAAAGAGAUUUUUGGUGUGGCGAUUUACACAGGGAUGGAGUCCAAGAUGGCCCUCAACUAUAAGUGCAAGUCCCAGAAACGAUCUGCAGUAGAGAAGUCCAUGAAUACCUUCCUACUCAUCUACCUGGGCAUCUUGCUGUUUGAGGCCGUCCUUAGCACCAUCUUGAAGUAUGCCUGGCAGGCUGAAGACAAAUGGGACGAGCCUUUCUACAACCAAAAGACUGAACAAGAGAGAAACAGCAGUCCGAUAUUGAAGUUCAUCUCUGACUUCUUGGCAUUUCUGGUCCUCUAUAACUUCAUCAUCCCCAUCUCGCUCUACGUAACUGUGGAGAUGCAAAAGUUCCUGGGUUCCUUUUUCAUUGGCUGGGAUUUAGACCUUUACCACGAGGAGAGCGACCAGAAAGCUCAGGUCAACACCUCUGACCUCAAUGAGGAGCUGGGACAGGUGGAGUAUGUCUUUACGGAUAAGACGGGCACGCUAACAGAAAAUGAGAUGCAUUUCCGCGAGUGUUCAAUUAACGGAGUCAAAUACCGGGAAGUUAAUGGCAAACUGGUACCAGAGGGAAUGACUGACGAUUCACCAGAUGGUUCUACGCCUCAACUGAUUGGUGAGGAACUGUUAUUUCUCAAGGCGGUGUCAUUGUGUCACACAGUUCAGAUCAGCUACGACCAGCCAGACUGCCUGGUUGGGGGAGGAGACCCGUUCUCCCACGCAAAUGGUUUCUCUUCCAACAACAUGGAAUACUACGCCUCUUCACCAGACGAGAAAGCUUUAGUAGAGGCAACAAAGAGGAUUGGAGUGGCUUUCACUCGCAGCAGUGGAGAUACCCUGGAGCUCAAAACAUUUGGCAAGUCAGAGAAAUUUAAACUGCUUCAUCUGUUAGAGUUUGAUGCUGACCGCAGGAGGAUGAGCGUCAUACUGCAGACUCCCUCAGGUGGCAAAGUGUUGUUCACCAAGGGCGCAGAGUCGGCCAUCUUGCCUUUCAGUACCAGCGGUGAGAUAGAAAAGACGAGACUGCACGUUGACGAGUUUGCCUUGAAAGGUCUGCGGACCUUGGUUGUUGCAUGUCGCCACUUCAGCCCAGAGGAAUACAUUGAUGUGGACAAGCAUCUGAACGCUGCCCGCACUGCGCUGCAGCAAAGGGAGGAGAAACUGCAGGAAGCCUUCAGCUACAUUGAGAGAGACCUGCAGCUGCUUGGAGCAACAGGGGUUGAGGACAAACUCCAAGACAAAGUCCAGGAGACCAUUGAGGCUCUACGGCUGGCAGGGAUCAAAGUAUGGGUGCUGACAGGGGACAAACAUGAGACCGCAGUCAGCGUCAGCCUGUCCUGUGGUCACUUCCAUCGAACCAUGAACAUCCUGGAGCUUCUGCAGCAACGGUCUGAUAACGAGUGUGCGGAGCAGCUCCGCAGACUAGCCAGGAGGAUAAAGGAGGACCAUGUCAUACAGCACGGGUUAGUCGUGGAUGGGGCCAGUCUGUCUUUAGCCUUGAGGGAACACGAGAAGCUCUUUAUGGAAGUGUGUAAAAACUGUUCAGCUGUGCUGUGCUGCCGCAUGGCCCCGCUGCAGAAAGCUAAGGUGGUGCGUCUUUUUAAAACCUCCCCAGAGAAACCCAUCACUCUAGCUAUUGGGGAUGGAGCAAAUGAUGUCAGUAUGAUACAAGAAGCUCAUGUGGGCAUAGGUAUCAUGGGGAAGGAGGGUCGUCAGGCUGUGAGAAACAGUGACUAUGCAAUUGCCAGGUUUAAGUUCCUGGCAAAACUUUUGCUUGUCCACGGUCACUUCUACUACAUACGAAUAGCUACGCUUGUACAGUACUUUUUCUACAAGAAUGUGUGUUUUAUCACGCCACAGUUUUUAUACCAGUUCUUCUGUCUGUUUUCACAACAAACUCUGUAUGACAGUGUUUAUCUGACACUGUACAACAUCUGCUUCACCUCGCUGCCCAUCCUGGUGUACAGUCUAUUUGAACAGCUGAUCCAUCCACACGUACUGCAGAGUAAACCUGGCCUGUACAGGGACAUCAGCAAGAAUUCUAUGCUGUCUUUCCGGACGUUCCUGUACUGGACUUUGUUGGGCUUCUGUCACGCCUUCAUCUUCUUCUUCGGAUCCUACAUACUGAUGGGGGAGGACACCACACUUAUGGGCAAUGGACAGAUGUUUGGGAACUGGACAUUUGGAACGCUGGUCUUUACUGUCAUGGUCAUCACAGUCACGUUAAAGCUUGCUUUAGAGACUCAUUUCUGGACGUGGAUGAACCAUUUUGUGACGUGGGGUUCGAUUGCCUUCUACUUCAUCUUCUCUCUCUUCUAUGGAGGCAUCAUCUGGCCAUUCCUCCACACCCAGGACAUGUACUUUGUAUUCGUACAGCUGUUGUCCAGCGGUUCAGCCUGGUUUGCCAUCAUCAUCAUCAUCAUAACUUGCCUCUUUCCUGAUAUGGUGAAGAAGGUCUUCUAUCGACAUCUGCAGCCCACCAGCACACAGAAGAGUCAGUCUCUAUCAACCCCCCAGACGCAGGCCCUCAGCUGUGUGGAGUCCCUGUGCUGCUACCAAAAUGGGCAGAGCGGCUGUUCCCGCCUGGGCGGCCUCCUGGAGCAAAUAGCCGGGCGGUGCCAGACCAGCGGCAACAGGUCUUGGAGCGACACGGAGAACUUCUACUCCAACGAUCGCAGCAUCCUGACGCUGUCACCCAUCGAGGCCACCCACUGCUGACUCCCAUGGCUGCUGACUGUAAAAACAAAGAUCUGGGCGAGAGCUUCUACUCCACAUAAUAUUCCCCCGAACCCCUCUGCCGCCAUUUUAUAAACCUACUUCAGUUUAAGUUCACUGCAUUCUCAGCUGGAUGCAGCACGGAUGCAUCAUCAGAAACCAAAGGGACUUGGCUCAGUGCAGCAGUCUGCUUUAUCCUUUACCAAUUCCUUUACCCAGCAGGAAUGAAGUCUUAGUAAAAAAGGUUGAGAAGGACGUGUAAUAAAAGCUGCAACAUGGAAAGGAAACAAAACAUGAGGUGUGGAGCAAGUCAGCAUCUGAGCAGCAACACUUAGCACAUCCCUGCUGCAAGUUUUGCAAAAGUAUCUGAAAUCAUCAUCAUUUCAAUUCAGGACUUUUUUUUUUAAGUUAAAGAGACGUUACAGCUAACAGGUGCAGCUCGCUGAGACCAGCCCUGGUACAGUCAGCUUGGAGCAUUUUAGCAUAAGGACUGUAGUUUAACCUAGGUGUUUUGGACAUGCUGAUUAACCUCAAUAGAGGACUGAGACUCAAGGAUCGUCUAUGUAGCACCCGGUCUGAAGCUCCACAAAGUCAGACUGCAUUAUGAGUACUUCUCAGAGGUGUGUCGGCUUGCAGCCCAACAUCAUGUUGCUUCUAUAAACUUCCAUGGACUUCCUCUUUAAGCUUCCAGCCCCGCUGCACCAUUGUUUCUCAUUCGGAUGAAAAAGGUAGACUAAGUGUAGGUUUCAGAGCUUUGCUGUUUCUGUUAACAUCCACACUUAUUUCCUUAGUACCUACAGUAGUCCCUAGAUACUGUACAAGGAGAUUAACCUGUACCGUGUUACCAAAGACCAAAGGAUUCAGACUGGAAAAACUGAUAAACUCUUUAUUUUUGUGCCUGAUUGUACAGAAGCUUAUAUUGUUAUUUAGAGGACUAUCAUUAUUGUUUGUGCUGCUCCCCCGUCUGACUGUUCAGGCCUUUGUGCCCCUGCCCUGAAGGAGGACUGAUGGGGCAUAUUCAAAAAGCCAUACAUUUUAUGUUAUUGAUAGAUUAUUGAAGGUACUGCAGAAAGAAGCUGUUUAAGCCUAUUGCCGUUACUUUGUGUCUGGAAACUUGUUCCCCUUGAAUGCCUUUUCUCCUUAAGCCGCUUUAGCAAAGGCAUCUCAGCAUUAAAGACCAUGAUGCUCAGGGAAUAUUUUGAGGGAACAGGAACAGGGUCUAAGGCUCACUUAAAGAUGUUUUUACUGGUACAAUCAUCCCUCUGUUGCCUUAAAAUAUAUCCUAAGCAUCAGAGCAGAUAAUGGUACUAUUUCUAUUUCAGCAAUACAAAAGUGGCUUCUAUGGCGAGAUGCUUUUCCAAUGGCUGAUGCACGUCGACCCAGACAGCAGAAUGUCUCAAUCCUUAGAGAGAUGGCUAUAUCAGAUAAAUAUAAUAAAGCUUCUACAGAGGUGAAAAGAAAAGCAGAGCGCUUGCACGAGUCACAUAUCAAAAUCACAUUUUGUUAUUUCUCAAUUCAUUGCUUCUCUGUUAUCAUUGAAAUCAUCUGAAUCAUGUUUUUUGCUGUUUUGUUCUAUCCACCUGUUGAUGAAGUGUGCGUAAGUGUGUGUGUGUGUGUGUAAGUGUUGGUGUGUUUCUUGUAUGGCAGCCAUGUUGAUUGGAAGGACGGUACAUAGCCUUGUUGUAAGCUCGUUGUACGAUCUCAGUGGCCACAUGCUGUCUGCAGGUAAAAGGUCAAAUGGUUCUCUUUGAUGCUUGGUUUGACCUCUCUUCUUCCAAAACAGGUGAAAUGAGGAACUGUGUGACAGUUCUUAUUUGUAGGAGAUUUCAGUUGACUCCAGAAGUGUAAUGCACAAACGUUUCAAGACAACCGUUUUAAACUUGACAUCAACAACAUCCAGUAGCCACAUGCUGUGUGUAGCGUUGUUGUAAGCUCGUUGUACGAUCACAGUGGCCACAUGCUGUCCGCAGGUCAAAUCUUUCUCUUUGAUGCUUCGUUUGACCUAUCCCCCCCCCCCAAAAAAAAAAGGGUGACUAGAGGAAACGUUAUCCGAUUCUUAUUUGUAGGAGAAUUCAGUUGACUCCAGAAGUGUAAUGUAGUAACGUUUCAAGACAACCAUUCUAAACAACAACCACACAUCAACGAUCAGUACACGCCUCAGCUCACACAGGGGACGAUGUUUUUGUUGCUAUGGUUACUGUUUAAAGAAAUCAGAUUGUCAAUAUUUUUUUGUCGGUCAAUUCAUUGAAUAUUCUCCAUGUUUAUUUUCUAUAUGGUACACAUUGUUUGAUGCAUACCUGGGCCUGUUAACGAUUAUACAGGUGCAACUGACAAUGAAAGAGUCUAUUUAUUAUUGCGGUACUUUUUUCUGUGUUUGUGUUGAACUUACAUAUUAUUAUAACGGGUGUCCAGUGCUUUACUUUUUCUCUUGAUCGUAGACAUGUAAUCAGGAAGUCAAACCUUUAUCGAAGCUCUUUGUUUGUUUGACCUGAAGGGUGACAGCUUGGAGUGGUCAGCCUGAAAUAAGCAGGAUGUUUUAGCAAAAGGACACUUAGGAACUUCCAGUUAUAUCUAUCUUUCCUUUUACAACCCAACAGGUAACGAUCAGGCCACAUUAACACAGGAUAUUACCUUUUUUUGUUAUUAAACAUUUGUGUUCAUACUGCUAUAAAAAUGUCUGCCUGGAUACCUUUGAUAUCUGUAAUCUGUACCUGGAUAUGGAAAAAUACAUGUUAAUUCUGUUUUAUUGAGGUACUUCUGUCGGUAAAUUUACUCACCAUGGAGAACAGUACUCAGCCUGUAAAACUAGUUGUAUAAUGUGCUCUGUGGCUCUGAAGAGAGCUUUCUGAAGUCUAAGAAAUCCUAAAAAAAGAGUUCUUGACGUUAUAAGCUAGGGGCAUGAAACAGGCAGGAAUCGUUCGUAAGAUUGAAGCUAUUGAGUGUCGAUAUGGGAAUUGUAGACUCUAGUCUUUUUUGAGAUUGACUCACACAAGGGACUUAAAAUUAGGAUAUGUUAAAUUCUGUUGCAUUGAUUUUGACCAUCAUUUUUGUAUCCAAAUAUAAUAUUUAUUAAUCCAAGAGAACCAUUUAAAUACCUUAAAAAAGGUCAAAUUUGAUUCAGCAGAGGCAGAAAUAGACAGAAAACCAAUAGACAGAAAACCAAAAGCUGGACAACCUUCUUCUCUGGAAUCGGCAAUAAACUACAGAGGAGGUAAGACGAGUCCUAUCUGGCCAAAGGCAGAGA